GAUUAGAUAAAUGUCAGUUCAGUACAUUACCAGUCAAAAAAUCGGCCAAGUGUGAGUCGGACCACGCAUAUGGGAGGAUUCCGUAGCUGUAGAUCUGUAUAAGUAGGUGCAGUCCACACAUGACUCCCGAUGGCGUUAGUCGCGUUGCUUCUCCUACACGUUGGGAUUACUAUAGCCAUAAACUGCAGCAGAGCCAAGGCGCCCUUCGAGCUAGGGGAAUGGAACGGCCACCUGGAGCACCUGGACGCGGCAACUAUAGAGAACAACCCGGUUACUGCUGCGGAAGGCCAGUUCUAUGUUUACGAGAACACAUUCCCGAGACACACCAUCAAAUACCUUCAAGUAGAUAACUUAGCUCAGAAGACCUGCGGAGCUGUGGCCACUUUGAAGAGGGGAGGGUUGAACACAUCCUCGCUUCUACUAAUUCUUCACGCGGAGUCCAGCCAGGAGAUACGGUCUGUGGUGGACGUGUGGGGGGUGCCGAAGAUGGUCCCGCGGAAGAGGAAUGUGAAGCCGCUGGAGCGAGAGGGGGACUUGAAGAACAUGCAGUCCAAAUACUUGUUUAUGAAGGCGCGGGCUCUCAACCAUAAUUCUUGGAGCGAUUCGCCGUCGGAUACUGAGACUGAGUCAAACAUUUAGUUGUAGUGUUUUUUAACAGGUACUGCUUACUGUUUUUUUGUCAA